AUGAUAAUUACUCAUCUAGGAUCCAUUUUUGCUACUUUCAUGUUCAUCUGGGCAAUAUUCCAGCUAUAUUUCCUCAACCAAUUCCGAACCUCCAUCGAAAAGUACUCCCAGAGAUUGUUAGCUUUGAUUUAUCCCUACAUUCAGAUUACGUUCAACGAAUUCACCGGUGAACGUCUGAUGAGGAGCGAAGCCUAUUCCGCCAUUGAAAACUACCUCACCUCCACUUCCUCUUCCCAAGCCAAGAGACUCAAAGCCGACAUGGUGAAGAACAAUCAGUCUCUCGUUCUCAGUAUGGACGAAAACGAAGAAGUUGCCGAUGAGUUUCAAGGUGUAAAGCUAUGGUGGACUUCCGGUUAACAUAUUGCCAAAGCGCAGUCGUUUUCACUCUAUCCGUUCACGGCCGAUGAGAAAAGGUUUUACAAGCUUACUUUCCAUAAAAGAAACAGGGAUUUAGUCAUCGAACCGUAUCUGAAACAUGUUUUGAAACAAGGGAAGGCGAUCAAGGUGACAAACGGACAGAGGAAGCUUUAUGCGAACAAUGGGUCGAAUUGGAGCCAUGUUGUGUUCGAGCACCCAGCUACGUUUCAGACAUUAGCGAUGGAACCAUACAGGAAGGAGGAGAUUAUGGAAGAUUUGGUUACUUUCAGUGAAUCGGAGGAAUUUUAUUCUCGAAUCGGUCGGACUUGGAAGAGGGGUUAUCUUCUUUACGGUCCACCGGGUACUGGAAAAUCCACCAUGAUAGCUGCAAUGGCCAAUCUUUUAGGGUACGAUAUUUAUGAUCUCGAGUUAACCGCCGUGAAAGACAACACCGAACUGAGGAAACUGUUGAUUGACACAUCGAGUAAAUCGAUCAUAGUCAUCGAAGACAUCGACUGUUCACUCGAUCUAACAGGUCAGAGGAGGAAAAAGAAGGAGAAACAAGAAGAAGAUGAUGAACAAAUGAAAGAUCCGGGGCAGAAGGGAAACAAAGAUGAACCGAGAACCAGUCAUGUUACGCUUUCGGGGCUGUUGAAUUUCAUCGACGGCCUUUGGUCGGCUUGUGGGGCUGAAAGAUUGAUCGUUUUCACGACGAAUUUCGUCGAGAAACUGGAUCCGGCCUUGAUCAGAAAAGGUCGAAUGGAUAAGCAUAUUGAAUUGUCGUACUGUGGAUUUGAAGCAUUCAAGGUGUUGGCAAAGAACUAUCGAGAGAUUGAACGACAUGAUUUGUUUCCCAGGAUUCAGGAUUUGUUGGACCAAGUUAAAAUGACUCCAGCUUAUGUGGCUGAACAUUUGAUGCCGAAAUCUGCACCGGGGGAUCCUCGGACAUGUUUGGAAAGCCUGAUUCUGGCUCUGGAAUCUGCAAAACAAGCCAAAGACAGUGAAUUAUGUUGCAUGUAAGAAACGACAUUGAUCCGGGGAUUUUCUGAAAACACGAUUGGAGAUGAAAAUUCAGUUCGAUAAAGGAUUGUUUUCAGGCAAUUUCGUUUUGAUUUAUGUAUGAUAUUUCUACGUUGUGGGCCUACUACCCUAUCUCCU